CCAUCAGAGAGGUAAAGUGAGCACUCACACAGAAACUCCAACCUGCUUCAAGAAUGCACCAUCCUCACUGUGCCAAAAAAAUCUUUGGUGUCUUUACUUCAAUGAUUAUCAUCCAGUCACACAAACACCCAUCUCUACAUGAGACUCAUGAUGAGGCAUAUCAAGACCCUGUGGACCCUGUGACUGCCCCCACUGGACCCUCUGUAGUUUGUUUAUCAUCACAACAACUCCACACACAACAUCAUCACCUUCCUCCAUCUGGUCCUUUUAGGGAUCUCGCCCCCUAUUGCAGGUUUUUCGCCUACAUGACCUACCCAACAAAAAGUGGUACAGCUCCCACAUACUCUGUUCACUCUGCUCACUCAUAACUGUGCAGUUAUACACAGCUCAAACAACAUCAUCAAGCUCACCAAUGACAUGACAGUGCUGUGUCUCACCAGCAAGAACAAACUGUCAGCAUACAGAGAAGAGAGAAAACAGCUAAUAGCCUCAUAUAGAGCCAUCUGUCUCUGAACAUGGGCAAAACAAAAAACGAUGAUUGUUGACUUCAGGAAGGCAGAGUGGCCAUGCUCUGAUGAAGAUUUACUUGAAGAUCCUCCAUCAAGAGCACCAAACAUCCUUGAUGUUCACCUAGCAGAGAAUCCCAUCUGAUUCUUCAACAUUAGCUCCACCAAGAACAAAGCUCUGCAGCAUUUCUACAUUUUACAAAGUCUGAGGAAAGCCCAUCUCCCACCCCUAUCAUUAUCAUGUUUUACUGACUGACUAAUGAGAGUUUACUGAGCAGCUGCAUCACUGCAUGUUCUGCAAAGUCCCUGCAGUAGAUAGUGAGGGCAGCUGAGAAGAUCAUCAGCAGUCUCAUUUACACCACAUGCUGCAUCUGCAAGGCCAACAGCAUUGUGGAGGACCCCACACACACCUCACACACACUCUACACACUCCUGUUGUCUGUAAAAAGGUACCGAAGCGUUCAGGUCUUCACAACCAGACUAUGUAACAGUUUCUUCCCUUUACACCUUUACACUCAGUCUGCAAUCGUUGCACAUUAAUUUUUUCUACAUUCUUUGGGAUCCUGCUACAAAAAAAACAACUUUUCACACACCAUCAGAUGUCAUACUGAUCAGUGCUAUCUUCAUGUAUCUGUCUUGUUAUCUGUCUGUCAUGACUUGCAUUGUAUAUUCCCAGUCAACCCGUGAGAUCAUGCAAUGAUCACAGUGACAUCACACAAUCCUCAUACUGUGAUCCUCAGCAUGUGUGUAAAGCGUGAGCUCAAUGUGAGUUUAUCUGAUCCUCAUACUGUGAUCCUCAGCAUGUGUGUAAAGCGUGAGCUCAAUGUGAGUUUAUCUGAUCCUCAUACUGUGAUCCUCAGCAUGUGUGUAAAGCGUGAGCUCAUUGUAAAUGCUUCACACUCCGGUCCAGUUGGUGGUUUUAAAUGCACCAUCUAAGCUGGUCUUCCAACCACCAUAAAACAUUUAAAGAAGAAGAAAAAGUUGUGCAUGGGAUUGUUACACCGCAGAAAUGGAUUUGGAAACAAAAAUUAAGGCAUUGAAAAGACAGCAACAAAAAGCUCGUAGAAAAUCAAAAAAGAUCAUUUUGGCUCUUCAGAAAAAAAAUGAAAACACUUCUGAUAGUGAACACUCCUCCAGAGAACUUGAAUCAGACUACUCAUCAGACGACUCAGGAAAUAUGCUGAAUGUUGUGGAGCAGCAUCUAAAUGAAGACUUGCAAGAACAGUAUGAUUCAGAAUCACAACAGAAUACCAUAAUUAAUAUGCAAGAUCAAGUGCUAUGGUAUGAAAUUGAUAGACUAAAUGAUUCCAUGGAUGUUACCAGUGAAAGUAACUCAGAGCUAGCUUUGUCUCUGGAGAAAAAGCUGUCUGAGUGGGCAAUGAAAUUCAACAUCUCCAUGACCUCUCUCACUCAUUUGCUUAAGAUUUUGAAGGAACAUGACAUUGAUGUUCCAGCAGACGGACGAACACUAUUGAAAACACUUCGUUCUGGCAGUUUGAGAAUAACAGAAAAAUCAGGUACAUUUUAACUUUGAAAAUGUCCAUGCACUCAUUUGGCAAUAUUAUUCAGAAAUUUCACUGAACUGUAAAAUCUUGUUUUUGAUAGCUGGCAAAUACACAUAUUUUGGGUUAAAGGAAGGUCUUACACAUACUCUGUCUGAGCAAGACACUUCAAAAUACGACCACUUUGAGAUUUCUUUGAAUAUUGAUGGCCGAUAUUGAUGAAUAUUUCAAGUCCAAAAACCUCACAAUGUGGCCACUUCAGUGUGCUGUCAUCAACCUUGAUGAAGUGAAAAACAGUCCUUUUGUUGUUGCUCUGUUUUCUGGAGCAAAGAAACCAAAUGAUUUGGAGUUUUUGAGGGAUUUUAUGGAGGAGCUGCAAGAACUGAUGGAAACAGGCUUUAAAGGCAAGAGAAUUGUCCUCAAAAACAUCAUAUGUGAUGCACCAGCACGAGCCCUCAUCAAAGGAAUAGUUCAGUUUAAUGGCCGCUAUGGCUGUGACUUUUGUGAUGUAAAGGGAGUUCAUGAGAGCAAAAUGCUUUUUUUGUAUCAAGGAAAUCUCAGAACCAAUGAGUCAUUUAGACAGAAGACAAAUCUUGAACAUCACAAAACAGAUAGCAUUCUUUUGAAUCUGGACAUUGAUAUGAUCAGGCAGUUCCCAAUAGAUCCCAUGCAUUGUGUAGAUCGAGGAGUGACUAAGCGAAUGUUGAUGCUGUGGAAAGAAGGACCUUUGGCCCAUAGAUUAUCAGCUGGAUAUCUUAGCACCAUUACUUAUUUUCAUCAAGCUUUCCGACAUCACAUACCUCCUGAAUUCAAUAGGAAACCCAGGGGGUUAGAUGAACUGAAGCACUGGAAAGCAACUGAAUUCCGAACAUUUUUGCUUUAUACUGGACCAGUGAUUUUGAAAUAUGUUCUCGAUAAGGAGAAGUAUAUUCACUUCCUUUUACUUAGUAUUGGAAUGCGCAUCUUGUACAGUGAAAACCUAAUGGAGCAUCGUGAUUAUGCAGAUGAGCUGUUAACAUAUUUUGUUGAAAAAGGUAGCAGCCUGUAUAGCAUGAGUUUCAUCUCAUAUAAUGUGCAUUGCUUGCUACAUCUCACUGAUGUUGCAAAUUACAACAGAUCAUUACACUAUUGUUCAGCGUACAAGUUUGAGAACAAUAUGGGUCAAAUCAAGAGGUUUAUCCGCGGUUCAAGUGAUCCACUGAUUCAAGUAGCUAACAGAUUGGCAGAGAGGCAAGCAAUAUCAAGUUCUAAGAAAUCAAAUGUUAACUCUGGUACGCCAAAGACAAAAGAAUGUUACAGAAUGACCAAUGAUAGCUACUGCCUUAUACAUUGAGUUCAAGAAAAUCUGAUUUUUUUGUGAGGUUUUUUGCAGAAUGGAACCUUUGUACACUAAGCCAUGUGACUCCAGAAUAAUUGGCAUAUUCAAAGGAUUUCGGAAUCACACUAAAAUGUUACAUACUGACACCACUCAACUGGGACAUAAAGCAAUCAUGAUACCUUUGUCCUUGAUUGAUAAAGAUGAAUACAAUGCGGUAGCGUCUAUACCGCUCAUGCAUUCAGUUUGAUUAGUUAGUCAAGUAAGUCAGUAAGGCAGGGUUUUUGCCUUUUUUAUUGCAUGUUAUCCUGAUUUUGAUCCAAAGACUAUGAAUAAUGUGUGUGUGUGUGUGUGUGUGUGUGUGUGUGUGUGUGUGUGUGUGUGUGUGUGUGUGUGUGUGUGUGCGUGUGUUUUUUUUUUUUUUUCAUUGUACCAAACAAUUAAAGUGAACCACCUACAUGUGCAUUGUGGAUAAAACGAUCAGGGAAAAAACGGUUUAAUUGAUGUAGAAAAAUAAAUAGAGAAACAAUAUACAGUAACUGAUUUAGAUAAAUGCAAUUUCACUGACCUUAUGUAUGUAAUUUUGAUAACAGGGAAGGAACCAAAGGAAACAAAAUGCAAAGUCACCAUGGAGAAAUUGUUUGAUCUGAAUACUAAGAUACUCCAACAAAUUCAAAUGCUGGAACAGAGACAAGCUGUCAUCGUGAAUGACUUGGCAAAAGUUAAGUCUGUUCUCAUGAAGCGGGCAGAAGAAGAUGCCCAUGAGGAACUUUUUAAACAACAACAGUGCUCCAGCUUUGAAACGUUUGAAGCCUUCUUAUCGAGAGCUUUAUGUACACUAUCUCAUCCAUACUCACGGCAGCUCCAGUAUAGGUGAGAUGGUGAGACAGGCUUUAAAAAGCAUAGCGUCAGACAAUGUUCUCUGUCUGUAUAACAGAACGGGGAAAGAUGGGAAGAAGGUGUUGCCACCUGUGCUCCUGAUAUGUUUGAAAAGUAAGUGUUUAAGUUUUGGUUUGUGCAUCUGGAUGCUGCUAUAGAAAUUGUAAUGUUAACACCUUGCUCUUUGUGUUUUUAGAAUGUGUCAGGUCUUUUCACAAACAAAAUGAAAUAGAGGUGAAGAAGCUAAAAGUAACCACCAGAACAACACCAGACACGGAAUGUAUUCGCCAAGUAGUAAUUUUUUGUCCAACGCCAACACCAGGCUGAAAAGGAAACCAAAUAAAGAAAAAACCUGACUUUUUGUUUGUUUGUUUUUAUUGAUGGAAAUAAAGAAUGUGGGUGUAAAAGUUUGAGUUAACUGAAUUUUAGAUAACAGUGAACUAACACAAUUAUUGCAUAGUGGUGUUAUAUGGUGAUCUCACAGUAUGAGCACACAGUGACCACAGUAUGAGCACACAGUGACCACAGUAUGAGAACACAGUGACCACAGUAUGAGCACACAGUGACCACAGUAUGAGCACACAGUGACCACAGUAUGAGCACAC